AUGAACACUAUUCUGAAUGAGGUCUCGGAAAGCAAGGCUUGGGUGUCAGUAACACGGAUGUUGGAGCUAUUGCUUCCUCCUUCCCUCCAGCCUUGGGCGUCAUUCCUUGCACUCAUCACCUUUGGCGCUACAAGCUUCUUGGCAUGGAAAAUUUGCAAUGCUAUAUACAAUUUGUAUUUCCACCCUCUUGCGAAAUUUCCAGGCCCUCGGGAGGCAGCUCUGUCACAAAACUGGAUUUACAAGAACUCGCUAGACGGGCGGCUUGAACCGCUACUCGAAAAGCUUCACAAUCAAUACAACUCUCAUGCUAUUAGAAUUGCUCCAAACGAGCUACACAUCACCGACGUAGCUUUGUACAAAACCAUAUACAGCCAAAAUGAUCCCUGGACGAAGGACGGAAACUUCUAUGCCGCUUUUGGCACUCCUCACAGCGUCUUUGUUGAGACAGAUCAUGGUCUUCACAGACAACGGCGGAAGCUCCUCAACCCUUUCUUCUCUCGUGCUGGCGUGCUUAAUGUCCAAGAGUUGAUCUCGGAGAAAGCGACGACCCUGAGUGCGAGAUUGAGAAAGCUGCCGCCUGGCUUUAAAGUCAAUCUUUACAAUGCCUUUCGCUGCCUUACUGUGGACAUCAUCUCAGACUAUGCAUCCGGCAAAUGCUUGGAUCAAGUCAGCACCUCGGAUGAUAGUUUCUUUGGAAGCUAUCUGGAGGCAUUCGACGCCAUGGCAGAUCUCACUUGGGACAUGUGCUAUCAGCCACUCGUGCGUGCAUUUGUUGCAUGGACGCCAGCCUUCAUCGCAAAGCGGCUGAGCAAGGAGGCACGAGCAUUCAAUCGAUUGCAGGCGGCAAACACUGCAGCGCUGCAGGCCUACAGGGCCAAGCGAGAUGUCGAAAGGCCUGUGGUAUACUCUGCAUUGGACAGCUGUACCGAAGUCGAGGCGGUAGCUGAAGCUACAGAUAUUCUUGCUGCAGGUUCUGAUACAACGGCCUACAGCCUAACGGUUGGCCUGUGGCAUAUCAUGAACAGCAAGUCUAUCAAGGAGGAACUUGCGGAAGCUCUCCGCGAGAACAUGCCUGACCCGGAGACAAUCCCCAGCCUUCCGGCUCUUGAGAAAAUACCCAUCCUCACAGCCACUGUCAAGGAAUGUGUGCGAAUUGCGAGCCCGGUCCCUGGGAGAUUACCUCGCGUCGUGCCCGGCCAUGCCGCACUUUUCGUGGAUGGCAAGAGAGUGCCCGCAGGAACCAUCGUUGGCAUGUCUGCAUACACAAUGCACAGAAGUGAAGAGCUUUGGGGUCCCCGCGCCAGUGAGUUUGAUCCUCACCGUUGGCUCACUGCUGAAGGCGCGGCGAUGGAGCAGAACAUGGUCUCCUUUUCCAAGGGGCGACGUAGCUGCAUCGGCCAGCCUCUCGCUCUUGCAGAAAUUCAUGUUGUUCUAGCAUAUCUAUUUCGCAACGAAUAA